AGUGGCGCGAGACGGCGGUGCGCCUGUCCUCACUGCGCAGAGAGCCCGCCUGCGCGACGUGCACGGUGAUUGGGCUCGUGGCGGGCGAAGUAGGCGCAAGGAGCUGUUGCUGCAGUGGAUCCUUGCGCGGAACUACGGGCAAGGAGAGGUGAGGAAAUGCGGCGCGAGGCAAGGGCGUGCAGGAGAAGGGAGGUCACAGUUCGGAAUGUCGGGCUGAACAGGGCGCGGCGGUGACACUGACUGAGCUCCAACUGAACUGCAGCAGCAGAAGAAGCGCGUCAGACGGUGACCCGAGGCAGGGCCUAACUGUGCGGACAGUGAGUUUGGCGUGAGAAGCUCAAGGGUGCGGGCGAGCAAAGAGCAGCGAUAACCGCAGAGGAGAAGUGAACAGAGCUGCGGGACGGGACGGGGGACGCGGCGCCGCGCAGGGGGUGCUGUGCGUCCUUUCUCUCUUCCUGAUUGAUUGAUUGUGUGUUGUCGCCGUAUCAGCGGUGGGUUUCACACCACGUCGUCUCUGCAGACCGCUUUCUGUGUCUGGGGGAUGUGUGUGUUAAUAAUAUGUGUACUGUGUAAGUGUGUUACGUACGCGCGUGCAGAGGAGCCGCACGACCGCGACCGGGCUCUGGGCUGCGUGCAAAGAUGGCGGCAGAGCUGUGGGCCAGUCGCGUUACGUUAGCAGGAGAAACCCUAGCCCUGGCGCACCGCAGCAAAUCCGCGGACCCUCGGCAGCGAGGCGAAGGCCGCCAGAGAGAGACAGCUGUGCUGUGUACUGAGAGUAAAAGGACACUACAGUUUGACUGUCGCCGCCACAGAGUGUGUCUUCGCUCCCACACAGCUGAGGAUAAAGAACACUACAGUGAGAGACAUGGGCCACAGUAUGGGCUGAGAAUCUCCAGGGCUUUGUGAGCACACAGUUGCCAUAACAGCAACCUAUGACAUGGCAACAGCCUCAGUGCAUGCAGAUAGCGGCAACAACCACGGAGGGAGGUGCCAGCUGCAGGCUGUUGUCUCCUGUGCCAAGCUCAAGCGCAAGAAGAACUGGUUUGGCACAGCCAUCUAUGUGGAGCUGAUUGCAGAUGGGGAGGCGCGCAGAACGACCAAGUCUCACAGCUCCUCCAAUCCCAAGUGGGAGGAACGGCUCACGCUGAAUGUAUCUCCUAUCUCCAAGUUAGACUUCAAGGUGUGGAGUCACCACACUUUGAAAGCUGAUGCUCUCCUGGGAAAGGCCACCUUGGAUGUCCAUCAACUCCUGGAGAGAAAUGACAGAAAGCUGGAGAAUGUGAAGGAGGUGCUGAAACUUGCCCUGGAGAGUAAGAGCGGGGUGCUGAUCCCCACAGGGGAGCUCACUAUUGUCCUGGAUGGCCUGUCACUGGAGGAGGAGUCGCUUGCAGAUGGGAGCGUGCGAGCCAAUUCCACUGCACCCAAAGUGCAGCAGAAUGGUGACGCAGUUCAUGGAAAUGGCAGGGAAUCCUCAGACCGAAUGCUCUCUGCCAGUGCCUCCACUUCAGCCUCUGGCUCUGAUGGGAUGGACAGCCAGGCACCCUCGGCCUCAUCAGGCCACAGCGACACCUGCAGUGCCACUGCAGUCAAUGGAAGCAGGACGGCCUCCCCAUCUCCAGCCCACCGGCCACCUAGCCCUCACAGCACACCAAUGCCCCAGCUAGAUGAUAGCCUGAUUGCUAAUGGCACUGUGAAUGGAGAGAAUCCCACUCCAGCCCCUACCACUGCUUCUGACACCGGAGAGGUGCUGCCCCCUGCUGGCACUUCAGAGGAGACAGGAGAAGGGCCAGCUUCAGAUACCCUAACCAACUCCACCCCUGUCCCUGAGCCUGCAGCUGAGACAUUCUCUGCAACCUCUGCUGUUAGUACUCUUUCCACACCAUCAUCUUCCUCUUGCCUGGCUGCUGCUACCACAAUAGGGGUGGCAGACUCCCGUGAUAAUGGCAGUAGUGUGCGUGACAGUGGGAAGCCCCGGCAACACCAGAGCAACUCUGGUACAACAGGCCCCCUUCCGCCUGGCUGGGAACAGAGGAAAGACCUGCAUGGGAGAACCUACUAUGUUGAUCAUAACACAAGAACCACCACAUGGGAGAGACCACAACCCCUGCCGGCAGGAUGGGAAAGGCGUGUGGAUGACCGAGGCCGCAUUUACUAUGUGGACCACAAUACCAGGACCACCACCUGGCAGCGGCCUACUAUGGAGUCGGUCCGCAAUUUUGAGCAGUGGCAGUCGCAGCGCAGCCAGUUGCAGGGGGCAAUGCACCAGUUCAACCAGAGAUACCUCUAUUCGGCCUCCAUGAUGUCAGCAGAAAAUGACCCCCUUGGCCCUCUGCCUCCUGGGUGGGAGAGGCGUGUUGACUCCAAUGACCGAGUGUACUUUGUCAACCACAACACCAAGACUACCCAGUGGGAGGACCCACGAACACAAGGGCUGCAAAAUGAGGAUCCACUGCCUGAGGGGUGGGAGAUCCGGUAUACACGAGAGGGGGUCCGUUACUUUGUGGAUCACAACACCCGCACGACCACCUUCAAUGAUCCGCGCACUGGCAAAUCUUCAGUGACCAAAGGCCCACAGAUUGCAUACGAGCGAAGCUUUAGAUGGAAGCUGGCCCAUUUCCGUUAUUUGUGCCAGUCAAACGCAUUACCCAGCCAUGUUAAGAUCACUGUGUCUCGACAAACACUAUUUGAAGACUCUUUUCAACAGAUCAUGGCUCUCAAGCCAUAUGACCUGAGAAGGAGAUUGUAUGUCAUUUUUAGAGGGGAAGAGGGACUUGACUAUGGUGGCCUGGCAAGGGAAUGGUUCUUUCUCCUGUCCCACGAGGUGCUGAACCCCAUGUACUGUCUCUUUGAAUAUGCUGGGAAAAGCAACUACUGUCUGCAAAUCAACCCGGCCUCCACCAUCAAUCCUGACCACCUGUCCUACUUCUGCUUCAUUGGACGGUUCAUUGCCAUGGCUCUUUUUCACGGCAAGUUUAUCGACACUGGAUUCUCCCUCCCCUUUUACAAGCGUAUGCUGAACAAGAAGCUCACUAUCAAAGACUUGGAGUCGAUCGACCCUGAGUUCUACAACUCCCUCAUUUGGAUAAGGGACAACAACAUUGAGGAGUGUGGUCUAGAGAUGUACUUCUCAGUGGACAUGGAGAUCCUGGGAAAAAUUACCUCACAUGACCUGAAGCCUGAUGGAACCAAUGUGUUGGUAACGGAGGAAAACAAAGAGGAGUACAUUGGGCUAAUGGCGGAAUGGCGAUUCUCCCGUGGAGUGGAGGAACAAACCAAAGCUUUUCUCGAUGGCUUCAACGAGGUUGUGCCUCUACAGUGGCUGCAAUAUUUUGAUGAGAAGGAGCUUGAGGUGAUGCUGUGUGGGAUGCUGGAGGUUGACCUGCAGGACUGGCAGAGGAACACAGUGUACCGCCACUACACUAGGAACAGCAAGCAGAUCAUCUGGUUCUGGCAGUUUGUGAAGGAGGUGGACAACGAGGUGCGGCUGCGGCUUAUGCAGUUCGUCACAGGGACCUGUCGACUGCCCCUAGGGGGUUUUGCUGAGCUCAUGGGGAGUAAUGGCCCUCAGAAGUUCUGUAUUGAGAAGGUGGGCAAGGAGACCUGGCUGCCCCGUAGCCACACCUGCUUCAACAGACUGGAUUUGCCUCCCUAUAAGAGCUACGAGCAGCUGAAAGAGAAGCUGCUGUUUGCCAUUGAAGAGACUGAAGGAUUUGGCCAAGAAUAGAAUCUACGCCGCUUCGCCCCUCUCAUGUCAGAAGCAAGCACCCUUCCGUGUCAUACCCAGCCAAGUAAAAGAAAAAUGGAAAAUACAAAUUGCACACAAUUACUAAUGUAUAUAAGCUAUUUUGUCAUUAAAAAAUAUUUCACAACAUCAUUUAGGCAAUUUCCCUGACAUUUUUCCUCAUGAUUAUGCAACAGAACUUUCAGCUUUUUCUUCUCAGAAAAAAUGUAUUUUUUAUUUUGGCUGGUUUUUAAAAGAAGAUGAAGAAGAAAGGAUUUUAUAGAUGAACUAUAUCAAGAGCUCUAGUUUUAUAGAGCUGUAUAUUGAAUGACUGUAGCAUUUGCUGUGGUGCGGGGCUUGCGUUCUGGGCCAGGCCACUUUUCCAUAGCACUGCCUUCUCUCCGUCUGCAUGGCUGCCUGUAGAUUCGACGUGUCUGGGUUCUGGGGCAACAUGGAAAUGGCCCUGGCGUGCCUCUCAAGUCUCCUCCUGCCCCAGCACUCUCUUCCCUCUCUCCCUAAUACGUAAUGAGUCUUCUAUUGCCGCAUCGACCGUAGUCAGCCCCGACAAAAUAUAAAUGUCCUUGUAACCCUGUAGAAUAUCCAUAACCUGCAACCAGCUUUGUAUGAAAAUCGCUCCCUGUAUGAUGAGCAGAUGGUUGAUUUGGCUUUUCUCCCACUGCACGUUAGGCAAAACUACUUCCUGGGAUGUCAGCAGGGCAUCGCGCACGCGGGGAGAGGCAUUUGCAGGUGUGCUCAUUGGUGACGCAAGAUGCUCAAGGGAUCUACGUAAUCCUUCAUGUAGUGGGCUUUGUGUGUGUGGGAGGCACAGAUGAAGAGCGGUGGACAUCUCUGCUCUCGGCAAAUGUGACUGUGCCUUGAAUUUCAGGAGGUUUUAAGUCAUGGAUCCAAAUUUUCAAACAACCAAGUGAAAGCCAUAUCUUGUGCUCAUAGAGUUCCCUUAUUUGCAUUGUGGUAUAUCCUCAACAGGCCAUGUCCUGUGACAUGAAGGAAAAAAUCAAUAGCACAUUUUUGGACUUAAAGUGUACCUUAAUAGGCAAGAUUGAAUGGAUGUGGGUUUUUGUUGAAAUUUAUCAGAGUGCAAUUAAAAUGACUGGGAA